ACGAGGGCUUUGGACAACUGUCACUGUGCAGAAUGUGAACAACGCAAUUCUCCAACUUCCUCCUAUUAUUGGUUCCCAGUUUACUUUUUAAUAUAGUUACUUGAUGGUGUUAGGUCGAUCUAAAUAUAAUGUGAGUAUAACCGAUACCCUUUAUCAGCUGUUUUAUGCUUGUUUGUAUUGUUUUGCAGCUUCUCGCGAGACUGAGCUUUAGGCAUUUUCACCCACGUACAAACCGUUGAGUUUUAGCUAAACUUUUUUUCUGGCAAGUUCCGUGGUAUGAACGCAUUUCGGGAGACCAAAAGUAGUCUAAAUACGAAACCUCCAGAGAAAGCGUGGCACAGUUCUUACCUCCUGGCGUGGUGGAGAAGAGGGUCCCCCCGGGUGUCUGGCUGUAACAGUCGGGUAGCUGGGACCAGUCAUUCAGGGUGAGCACCCUGGUGGGUAUGGGGCAGCAUUUGGCUUCAUUCGUGCCGGUCGACAUGCUAGCUUUCUGCGUGACUGCUGCAGGCGGAGUGGGACUAGCGUCUUUAAAAGUCCUCGAACCCGCUAUAUAUCGCUCGCUCACAGCCUCUGCACAAAGACAAACCGACUUCAAAGUUGUAGGUUCUUUACAACUAACAGCUAACGGAGUAAACGGUAUGCGACUGUAACUUCCAAACGGAGAAUUCAAAACAAGCUGGAGAGUUUGGGGCCCCGGCCGUGUCCGUCGCGAUAAGCAGCUACCAUGUGCUGUAUUUGUACUACACACAGCUACAGCAGCCACUCGUGAUGUUUUUGUGCAACAGCUAUGAGACACGUGGGGCAACGGCUAGGUGCGAAUGUUUUCCUGUCAGAGACAGCCAAAGAGGCGGUGUUAACAAAGGAGAAAAAUAAUGUUGUGUUGAUUGAUUAUCUAAUUUUAUGAUGAGUACACAAAUAUAUUUCAAGACCCAUUGUGUAGCUAUGCUAUUGUACACUACAGGAGAAGAUACACUGUUAAAAACGUGAAGAUGUAAUGUCACCGCCUGUGUCAGUACUUAAGCUGAUAUCCUUCAGGAAACCUUCUUCUCAGUAUUAGUAGUAGUAAUAGUGGUGGUAGUAGUAGUAGUAGUAGUAGUAGUAUAUUGCAACACAAAAAUUGUUCUUUGGGUGAAUGACGGUGAAAUGAAUGACCAAGAAAUGGAAUUGUUUUUAGAGUUGGGUCAACUCUAACGUAAAGAUAAUUGCUAUCCGUGUCUUCUCUGGUUCACAAAUCAAGCGCUUCGCCACCUCAUCCGUGUUACUCUCUCGACUACACUGCCCCCUACAGGUUGUCACUGUGUGGAGCAGACAGCACGUUUCUCACGAUAGCUCAUCGACAGCUGCUUCAGAUCGCUCACCGACGUCAAUAACAACAAUCAAUAAGGGCGUUAGUGUCAUUUCAUGUAUCUAUUCUGCUUUACAUUACAUGCAUUUAGUAUUUAUUUUAUUUGUGUUGUUUUUUAAAUGUUUGCUGUACUUUGAUUAGAUUGUGAGCCUAUUGCAUUGAACCUUAUGUUAUUACCUUACUCUAUGAUUUGUUGUACAUUGGAUUUGGUGAUUAAUAAGGUGUUUGAGGAGCAAAAUAAAAAACGAACGAACGAAAAACAGAAUCCAUGUUCCAAAGCUGUGCAAACAGCCUAUAGAAAUGUUUAAUUUUGUCCAUAAGUAUUAGUGUCGACACAGUGGACACAUAUGAGGACAACAACCAACCACGGAAAUAUAUGAACAAUAUAAAGGAAGAAAUGCUACAAAAAAAAAUAAUAAGAAAAUGUGUUUGAUGAGGAAAAAAUGUAUUUUAAAUUAUAAAAUCAAAACUACUUUGUAAAUUCAAUUUACACUUUCAGCUCCAUUCCGGUUUCCCAUUUACCAACCACUUGAGGGCGACAUCGACAUGAACACAUUGGGGCCACUUCUCUAAUGCAUAAAACGAAGACAGUAGGAUGAUUAUAUGAUUAUCAAAGACAGAAACAAACGAUACUGAUUACAUCUCUUGUGGUAUCACUGUACUCCCCUGUAGUAUUGAUACAGUAAUCCUAUGGAGUUGUUACUGCAAUUGUGUGGUAUAUUUCACAUUUAUACAUUUAGGUGGUAAAUUAACCCAGUGCCUACAUGAAAGAUCCCCUUCCCUAAAACUACUGUUUCUCAUUUGUUUUUCUACAAUAAUUAAUUGCGAUACAAAAUCAAGUCUCCCCAUCACAUCCGUGUACGUUGCAUAUUGGACCUUAAUUAACUUCCUCGCUAGUUUUGAGGUCACACAAUGCAAGCUAAUUAACUUUGUAUUUUAACUCUAGCGGGCCCAUAGUCUGACAGAGUUCCAGUGUCAACGUCAGCUGAUGUGGCAUCGUAGAAGUACGUCAGUCAUGCAGAUGUGCUGCCUAUUAAACUGAUCCUCUGUUUCACCACAAACAAAUGACGCAAAUGACUGGCAUCAAAAUGGCCAGCAGCAAACAUAAACGAACACACACACAAACCGGCGAUGUCAAUCACAUCAUACGGAACACUGUGUCUGGCUAUGCGAGCGCUAAUAGCAUGGAUGUAUGGGACAGAGGCGGUACUUACUACCUGCAAGACCUGCAAGAGCUUUCUCCUCACGCGGCACAGGACGUACACAAAAGACGACAGAAGACCUUCUUCGGCCGCUGAUUGGUCCAGAAAUAUGGAAUCAGAUGACGUAGUAGUUCCGGUUUCUAGUUCCCACUGAAAAGGUAACUCUCGGUCAUUUCUGAAGAGAUGCACGACUGACCCGGUUUUCAUCCGCUGAAGGUGUAACAUUCGUGGGGAGUGGACCAAGUAUUUCCAUAUUGCAGUUGUUGGAUUCUUAAAAUUGUUUACUCCUGGGGGGGGGGGGGGCUUUUCUCCUUCUGAGGCUUUAAACUUCUUUGUGACCAGCACACCAUUCAAAACUAGUCUGACAACCAGGGCGACCUAGUUUUUUCCCACCACACGUACUCUUCCAGAGAACAGUAUGGGUCUCCAGUCAGACUCGGUCCUCCAAGCUAUCCUCCUGUUUCCAAUCCACCUUGUGGUAUGGCUGUACUCCGUCCUGUCCUUCCUCCCCUGGUACUACAUGACUGGGGCCGGGGAAAGAAAAGCCCUGUCCAAGCGGGUAAAGGCCCGUUCCACUACGGGCUGUGCAGAGGGGCCUUACCGCUCCGUGGACCACUUCGACUCCUUAGCCAGGCAAGACCUUCCGGGCAAGGACACGCUGGACAAGCUGUUCGAGCAUUCUGUGCAGCGCUUUGGACCGACACACUGUCUCGGCACCAGAGAUGUACUGAGUGACGAGAACGAGGUUCAACCCAGCGGGAAAGUAUUUAAAAAGCUGAUCCUGGGGGAGUAUAGAUGGCUCUCCUACAAUGAAGUGGACUCUGUAGUCAGUCAGUUUGGCAGUGGACUGGCGGCUCUGGGACAGCAGCCCAAAAGCAGCAUUGCAAUCUUUUGUGAAACCAGAGCGGAGUGGAUGAUCACAGCCCAGACGUGCUUCAGGCACAACUUCCCAUUGGUGACAUUCUAUGCCACUCUGGGAGAGGACGCAAUCACGUUUGGACUGAACGAGACCGGAGUGACACACCUAGUUACCAGCGUGGAACUGCUGGAGACUAAACUGAAAAAUGUGCUUCCACUGAUCCCAAAACUGAAGCACGUGAUCUACGUGGACCAGAAGAAAAUGAACACAGCAGGCUACCCAGCGGGGUUGUCCAUCCAUAGCAUGCAGGCCGUACUGGAGCUUGGCGCGCUGCCUGAAAAUAUGGGGAGGGCGAUCGUGAAGCCCCAGCCCUCCGAUCAGGCCAUGGUGAUGUACACCAGUGGCUCCACGGGCAGACCGAAAGGAGUCAUGAUCGUCCACAGUAACCUGAUUGCGGGAAUGACGGGCCAGUGUGAACGCAUCCUUGGACUUGGGCCUAAUGAUACCUACAUAGCCUAUCUGCCCCUGGCUCAUGUUCUGGAAAUGACAGCUGAAAUCUCCUGCAUCACAUAUGGCUGUCGGAUCGGCUACUCAUCCCCCCAGACACUGUCGGACCAGUCCACUAAGAUAAAGAGAGGAAGUAAAGGAGACUGCUCUGUGCUCAGACCCACGGUGUUGGCAGCUGUGCCAGAAAUUAUGGACCGCAUCUACAAGAAUGUGAUGAGCAAAGUGCAGGAGAUGAAUCUCGUUCAGAGGAUGCUGUUUAUGCUGGGCUACAAAUAUAAACUGGAGCAGAUCGAGAGGGGCUAUGACGCGCCACUCUGCAAUGCCCUGCUGUUCCGGAAAGUGAAGGAACUCCUGGGGGGACGGGUGAGGAUGAUAUUGUCUGGAGGAGCCCCCCUGUCCUCAGCCACACAGAGGUUCAUAAACGUAUGCUUCUGUUGUCCGGUGGGUCAGGGCUACGGCCUCACGGAAACCUGUGGAGCAGGCACCAUCACGGAAUUUGCAGACAUCAGCACCGGCCGUGUGGGAGCUCCUGUUAUUUGCAGCGAGAUCCGGCUCCGGGACUGGGCUGAAGGUGGCUACACCAGCAGAGACAAGCCCAACCCAAGAGGGGAGAUCCUGAUUGGUGGCCCCAACGUGACCAUGGGUUACUACAAGCAGGAAAGCCACGACCAGGACUUUUUCAUGGACGACAAAGGUCAGAGAUGGUUCUGCACCGGAGACGUGGGAGAGAUGUACGCAGACGGCUGUCUUCAAAUAGUGGAUCGCAAGAAGGACUUGGUCAAGCUGCAGGCCGGGGAGUACGUGUCUCUUGGUAAAGUCGAGUGCGCUCUGAAGAACUGCUCCAUCAUAGACAACAUUUGUGCUUAUGCAAACAGUGAGCAGAACUAUGUGAUCAGCUUCGUGGUUCCCAACCAGAAGAGGAUGACGGAUCUGGCCGAACAGAGAGGCAUCGUGGGGGCAUGGGAGGAGAUCUGCACCCACCCGGACAUGGAAAGAGAGGUCCUGAAGGAGAUCAAGGAGGUUGCUGCUAACAUUAAACUCCAGCGAUUUGAGAUUCCGGUGAAGGUACAUCUGAUUCCAGAGCCGUGGACCCCCGAGACGGGCCUGGUCACAGACGCCUUCAAGCUGAAGAGGAAAGAGCUGAAGAACCACUAUCUCCACCACAUAGAGAGAAUGUACGGGGGCAAAUAACUUUGCUCACUUUCACCCAAGCGUCCCCACUGUAACCAGUAUGCUGUUUGUGUACCACCAAAUGAAAAUGUCUUGAACAGAGAAGCUGUAAAUACUUGUAGCUGUU